AUGGCCAAGAGUGAAUUUCCAAGGUGUACCUUGGACCCAAUCAUUUGCUUUGAAUUUGGUGUUUAUCUUAUUGUUGACAACCAAAGAGAGGAACAUCUGGAUCUUUCCAUGAUAUACUUGGCAGAGGUCUACUACCAGCACAGAUGGAGCUUCACUUUGGAUUCCAAUGGCAAUAAUGCUGAAGCACAGAAUCACAUGUGUUCACCAGCUAGUGGAUACUCCACCAUUCACCCUGCCAUAGAGCCCUAUAACAGGACACAUUCCAGGUUUGGCAAGAGCCAUCUUCCACAGGCCAUUUCCACUGAGGAAAAGGAAUUGUAUCCUGUCUCUGAAAUCCAGAGCCUCUACACUUUCGACCCCUUUGCUGAUGCAGGUAAAGGUGAUGACCUGCUUCCUGCCCAUACUGAGGAUUAUAUCCACACACAAAUUCAACAGAGGAACAGCAGGAAGACCCCGACUACUGUCCAAGGGAUCGCUGAUGAUUACAAUAAAAAGAAAUUAGUGAAGGCGUUCAAGAAUAAUUUUGCCUGCCAUGGUACUGUAAUUGAACAUUCAGAAUAUGGAGAUGUGAUUCAGCUACAGGGUGACCAGCGCAAGAACAUAUGGCAGUUCCUAAUAGAGAUUGGACGGGCUAAGGAUGGUCAGCUGAAGGUUCAUGGGUUUUAA